CUUCUACCGCCCUCCUCCCUCUUCCCUGCUCCUGCGCGGCCGCCAGGUCUGGCCUCGGCUCCUCCUCCGAGGUUCCCCCUCCCCGGAGCGGAGCCCACCCGAGGUCCCUUUCUCGCCCCCUGAGCCCACCGCCGGGCCAGAACAGCGGCCUCCGGGCGCAGAACCCCGCCAGCCUGCCUCGCUCCCGCUCAGCCCUGCCAGAGGCCCCCAGCCAUGAAUCUCUUCCGAUUCCUGGGAGACCUCUCCCACCUCCUGGCCAUCAUCUUGCUACUGCUCAAAAUCUGGAAGUCUCGUUCGUGUGCUGGGAUUUCAGGGAAGAGUCAGGUCUUGUUUGCUGUGGUGUUCACUGCCAGAUAUCUGGACCUCUUCACCAACUACAUCUCACUCUACAACACAUGCAUGAAGGUGGUCUACAUAGUCUGCUCCUUCACCACAGUCUGGAUGAUUUAUAGCAAGUUCAAAGCCACUUACGAUGGGAACCAUGACACGUUCAGGGUAGAGUUCCUCGUCAUUCCCACAGCCAUCCUGGCGUUCUUGGUCAACCAUGACUUCACCCCUCUAGAGAUCCUCUGGACCUUCUCCAUCUACCUAGAGUCGGUGGCCAUCUUGCCACAGCUGUUCAUGGUGAGCAAGACCGGUGAGGCGGAGACCAUCACCAGCCACUACUUGUUUGCGCUGGGCGUCUACCGGACACUGUAUCUCUUCAACUGGAUCUGGCGCUACCACUUCGAGGGCUUCUUUGACCUCAUCGCCAUUGUGGCAGGCCUGGUCCAGACAGUCCUCUACUGUGAUUUCUUCUACCUCUACAUCACCAAAGUCCUGAAGGGGAAGAAGUUGAGUUUGCCAGCAUAGCCCUAGUCCUCGCCAUCCCUCUUCUUGGCAGCCGCAGGAGGCAGAGGAAGGCGACCCACAACGAAGAGCUUUCCCAUCCAGGGUGACUUUUUAAAGAACCAACCUCUUUCUGCUCCCCAUCCUGCCUCCUGUUCUGUUUCAGGGGGUCAGUGGAGGACUCAAAUCUUGGGGAGCUCAGGACCUAGGGCGUUUGUAGUUUUUUGCCUUGUAGAGAAAAAAAAUAUUUCCACUAUUUAGUUUUUGAUUAUGAUGACUCCUUUCUUUUCCAUUCUCUGGCCCUAAUUUUUAUAAACUGUUUUUUGAGUGUCCUAUGGGCUAGGGUGGGGUGGGAGAUCUGUUUCCUUCCCCAAUCUCCUCAGCUCCCUUCCACACCCCACCCCCAGCUCCACUGGUUGCCAAACACUAAAUCUGCUGACACCCACCUGCCCCACCUUCUGUUAUGGCCAUGAGCACAGGCCUAGCACAUUUCUAGGUUGGGGAUUGGGAGUAAGGGAGGCUCAGGAAGGUCUCUCUUAAUUUUUUCGUAACAAUUUUUUUUCUCCAGAGUUUGAGUUUUUUUGGUCUUAGUUUUUUGGCAAAUUAGGGUGGCUUGGGCAUGGGAAGGGGGGGCUGGCCUGAGAGCCACUGCAACUCUCAUGCCACGUUUUUGUACAGAAUUGAUGGUUGAUUCUUGGUUCUCUUGAAAUAAACAGAGAAAAAUGUUACCUUUCUUUUGCUGCUCUUUGCCCUCCCUCUCUGGAAUAUGUGGGGUCCUGAUUGGCCCCUCUUCCUGCUUCUACUUGUUGACCAGCCACAGGCAACCAGGCCUGGAAGCAGCAGGAAGAUGAGAAACUGGGUUUUUCAAGACUCUUGGCUGUGCCAGUUCCUCACAGCUCUGCUGGGGAAGAGAUUUUGGAGAAAAAUGUCGAAGAUUCUUCUUACCUUGGCACAGAACUUGCCUUAUGGUUCUCUGAGGCCUCAGGGUUGCAGAGGACCUUCAAGAGCAUGGAUGUCAAGAGGCCACACAUUGGCAACCCCCAUCCCACCCUCAUUUGGCAUUUUGUUGCCACUCUGUUAAAAAAAAAAAAAAAGAGGAAUGGGUCACUGGCCUUUAAAAACUAAUUUUCACAUUAAAGUCUAGAUUUCUGGCUUCUCUUGAUAAAAAAAAUCCAUCAGUCUGACAACGCUGGGUCCUCAUUUCUGGAUGGCAACAGAUGGCUGCAUAUGAGUGAAUUGGAUGUAGGCUUUUCACCAUAGUCCCUAGGACUUGGCUGCAGGGUUGUUUCAAUUUAUUAUUGGGAUGAUGGUGUGUGGUUAUUUUUGUUUGUGGACUUAAAAGGAAAGUGAAAUAUUUUCCAGGUCUUUCUCCAGAUUGGCUUCAUAACUGGUCUAUUUGUUUCACCUAUGUUAACUUGCCUGGCUCUUGUAAGCUUUUGGAUUUUUCACCCUUGACUUAGUCAGACUUCCUGGGUGUUCUCUAAGACCUUCCUAACCUCUGCUUUACUGCCUCCAGGUAUCUUAUAGGAUGGCUCUGAAAGCUUCAGGAGUCAGGGAGCUGGUGUUUCCUGCACGCUUAAUAUAUGCCAGGUGCUGUACCUUACACAGAUGAGCUCCUUCGACCCUUACAGUAGUCUUGAAAAAGGUGCACUUUGUGGGUGAGGAAAUUGAGGCUUAGAGGGGUAUGUGGCAAAGGUGGGGUUUGCACCUGGGUUUCCUGACGCCAGAGCUUGCAUGUUUAACCAUUGCUGUGUGUUUUUUCAGCCAUUUUUAAUUUCUUUCUUUUAAGAUAAGGGAGAUCCUCUUAAGAAUUUUGUCCAGAAAAAAAAAAAAAAAAAAAAGAAUUUUGUCCAAAAGCUUAAUAUGGAAAACAUAGGAGCAGGGCUAUAGGGCUUGACUAUGAGGUGGGGGUGGUAUCUCUGCCUGCUCAGGCUGAGGAACUUCUUUGAACAGUCUGAAAACCAUUCAUCUAAAUCUGGUCUGAUUCUCUAGUUUUAUAGCCAAUACAGCUUGGGUCUACAAAAAUUAAAUGACAUCCCCAAGGUUAUCCAGCCACUGAUAGAGGACCAGAGCCCAGAAUCCUUCCAUCUCCCAUAUAAGGCUUUCUAUCCCGCUAUAUUGCUGCCAUUUUUUUCUAGAUGCCCUUGAGACUACGUGUUUAUUUCUGUAUUUUCAGAACUGAGCACAGGGCCUGCCACAUAGGAAGCUCAACAAAAGGACCAGUGGAACCCAAAUUUGAUUGCUCACAACCCAUAUCCUUUUGUCCAGUCUGUGAAUGAAUGCUCUGCAGGCCUCUGUGGCCCCUGUGCAGGUGUGUUUUGUUUGACCUCCACUGUGUUUAAAUAAUUUUGUAUUUCUUGCUCACUAAUUUCACAUAAAAAGCUAUGCCCCACUGCACCCCCCAUGGGUGUCCAAAUUGUUCUAGAAAAACUGAAGGCUCUGGGGCUGCACUAUCCAACAUGGUAGCCAUUAGUUACAUGUGAACAUUGGAAUGUGGUGAGCCCAAGUUAAGGUGUGCCGUCAGUGUGAAAUACACGAUGGGUUUCAAAAACUUCGUACGAAAGAAUGUAAAGUACCUCACUAAUAAUUUUUAUAUUGAUUACACAUUGAAAUGAUACUAUUUUGGAUAUAUUAGGUUAAAUAAAAUAUUAAAAUUAA